GUAGUUCCUCGAGCCUGGGUGGAUUCAUAUUUGAAACCAUGUCUUCGCAAGCAUCUCAACGCUCAUCAAGCACAAGUGCUGUCGCACAAAAAACUCGCGAACGGCGAAAAUCCAAAUCUCGUAGACGAUGUUGGUUUGGAUGUCUUUGGCUGUCGUCUAGGGUCAGCCUUAUUCGAUCAUCUAGCCGUUUUUCGAGAAGUCCCGAGCCGGAUGAAAGUCUUACGGCUAUUGACAAAGUGAUGAGCAUAAUAAAUGAAAAACCACUCAAAAUGGCACAUAUCCUGAAAACCGCGAGAUUUGUCAACGACGUCAGCUUCUCAGAGCGAAAACAAUUCGUUGAGUGUGGAGUUAUCCAUCAUCUUUUAGAACUUAUCGGGGAAACGGCAAUUUCGGACUUUUCAGCGUCGUCACGGAGUGCGGAUGAGCAAAAACGAAGAGCACGGCGGAAUUCGUCGGCAUCUCUGAGUCAUAAGGGAACUGGGUAUGGAACAGGUUCAACAAGAUCACGAUGGGAUAUUGAACGAACGGUGGAGGAAAAGUUAAUACGUGAAGAACACCUUACUUGGCUGCUGAGUAUACUGAAUUCAUUCAUGUUGGGAUGGCCCACAACUGACAACUUAAAGACAAAACCGGAAGAGUUGGUUCAUAUGACCGAGAUUGCAAUAAAGCUAAUAGCUGAUUCCUCAGUGUUGAGUAUACUCGAGUAUAACCUGAGAAAUGAUAGUUUCUUCGAUGUUAGCGAGCAUAUAGAAAUUUAUCAGGCUCUUCUUGAAACUGCUGCAAGUAUGGCUGCCACGCCUGGUUUGGUUCCGUUCCUCGUGAGGCCGUACACAUCAAGCGCGAAAUCCAUAGCCAAAGAACUGAUACCUAGAUUCAAAGAAAAUAUACUUUCUAUUCAAGCACGAUGGGGUGGUACACUGGAAGAAACAAACUUUCGAAUGGCUGAGUUUACCGCUAAAGUCACACUUCUUUCCGAUUACGUCAUUAAUGCUGCACGUGCCUAUGAGCAAACACUUCCACCCGAGCAACGAAUUCAGACGGCCACUCAUCGUCGUCCUUCACACUCUGGACUUCACUCAAAAAUGCAGGGCCCAAAAGAUGAUGAGACAAUUUAUAAGAACAAAAUGCAAGAGCUCCAAUUACAAACCGCCAAGUUCAUUGGCGACUUUGGAAAACUUUGCGUGCCUUAUGUCUUCCGGAAAGAGGCCAAAAAUAUUAACCCUUUCAGUCCUCAUUUAAGGGAUAGAACAAAACGGAUUGCUAAAGAAUUAGCUUCAAUAGCUAAUGCAUUGCCAUUAAACGCUAGUAACAGUAUUUAUGUUUGCUAUGAUGAAGGACGAGUUGACAUUAUCAAGGUGUUAAUUUCCGGACCCGAUGAUACACCUUAUGCGAAUGGCCUGUUUGAGUUCGAUAUAUUUUUCCCGACUGGCUACCCAUUUUCUCCUCCCAAAUGCGCAUUCCUUACCACUGGAUCUGGAAAUGUUCGAUUCAAUCCAAAUUUGUACAAUGAUGGGAAAAUUUGCUUGUCUAUUUUGGGGACGUGGGAAGGGCGACCAGAGGAAAAAUGGAAUCCAUACUGCUCUUUGAUGCAGGUUUUAGUAAGCAUUCAGGGAUUGAUCUUUGUAAAAGAUCCAUACUUCAAUGAACCUGGGUUUGAAAGAUAUCAAGGAACGGAUCGCGGAGAUGAAUAUUCACGAAAGUACAACUUGCAAAUUGAACAUGCUACAUUGAAUUAUGCUAUUAGAGAGCAAUUGAAAAAGCCUUCUGAGCAUUUUAAGGAAGUUAUUGAGAAACAUUUGUGGCUGAAACGGGAAGCAAUUCUGAAACAGGCUCAAGCUUGGAUUGACAAUGUUAGUAACGACUUUGGAGAUGACAAGAUGAGCAAAAGAAAAGAUGUUUUUGCAUUUGAAACUGGAUUUAAUCCUGCUACUCAGGAGCGCGUGAUUCACAACUUGAUUCAAGAAUUACAAGCAAUGCAGUCACCGUUUGCAAAAGAAGAAGCUGAAGAAUCCGAACGGCUGAAACGGGAACAGAGUGAAAAAGAAGAAAAACAAAAAAAAGAAGCCGCUGCGUUAGCUGAAAUUGAACGAGAAAAGCGAGAGCUUGAAUUAGAUUUUCAACGUCGGAGAUCCAGUGUUUUAGCAACUCAUGUUGCAGUGAUUAGAACACAACCAACUGGUGAUUACUCUGUCCCAUCCGUGAAUGAACCAUCAACAUCGUCAUAGUCGGUUUUUUUUAUCAAUUACCUGGUUUUUUUCGAAUUUAAAUUUAAUUUAUUAUUCGUUUUUUACUAUUGACUUUCGCAAUUAGGCAGUAAGGGUGAAUGUGAGAAUUACGUACGUUGUAAACGGUUUGCUGAACUUGUGUGAUUACCUGUCUUUUGUUUUCAUGUUUUUAUCAAUUCAAUAUUUGACCUUGAUUUUUGAAAAAUUUUUUCCUUUAUCACUUUUUUUUUGAAUAUUCUAGUUUUUUUGUAAGAUAUGAUCAAACACACAUUUCCUUGCUCUGUAAAUUCUGAAUAUUUCUGCAUUGAAUUUUUAAAUAAAAUAU